AUGAAGCGACAUGUUUGGAAACCUGUUAUUUCUAGCACAUUGGACAUUCUGGAUGUUGUUAGUCUUGUUGAGCAUCAACAAAUCAACUACUUCUUGAAGCUUUCACACGAUUACAAUGAGGAUCUUAUUUGUGUGUUCUACUCCAUGUUGCACGAUACACGUGGCUCUACCUUCAAGUUUACAAUAGGUAAUACAAUUUAUGAUUUCAUUGAUGCUCUUUGGAAUUUGUUGUUUGGAAUUAUUGUUGUUAGUGUUGAUGUUGAACCGUUGGUGACGAAUACAAAUCUUCAUCAAGAAUUUAAAUGGCACAUUCACACGAAUGAAAUGCUAAAGGCUCCUCGGUCUGAUGACUGGUCCAAAUCCAUAACACCUGAUCAUUUGAAAAUGGUUCCUCAUAUUUUGCACUAG